UUGCUUUUUAUUUGUAAUCAAAUUUUAAAGCAGACAGACAUAGAUUGCAAACAGAACGACAGCAACAACAAAGUUUAAAUAACUUUUGCUUUUAGUUAAAAAUAUUCUAUUAAAAUAUAAAGUUUACUUUAAAUAAAUCAAAUACCACAAUGGAUGAGUUUAGCAGCAUUUUGGAAAUGACCAGGGAUCAAUCGACCCAAAAAGAACAAGAUGAAAUAUUACUCCAACCAUUUGCCUAUAUACAACAAAUUCCUGGCAAACAAUUUCGUUCUCAACUCUCGUUGGCCUUCAACUAUUGGCUACACAUACCCGAUGAAAAGCUUCAGUUAAUAGGAGAAAUUGUACAAAUGCUGCACAACUCCAGUUUACUCAUUGAUGAUAUUGAAGACAAUUCAAUACUUCGCAGAGGUGUACCAGUGGCUCAUUCAAUAUACGGUGUGGCUAGCACAAUAAAUGCAGCAAAUUAUGUUUUAUUUUUGGCCUUGGAAAAAGUACAACAAUUGGGACAUCCAGAUGCUACCAAAGUUUAUACCGAACAAUUGCUAGAAUUACAUCGUGGCCAGGGUAUGGAGAUAUAUUGGCGUGAUAGUUUUACUUGCCCCUCGGAAACUGAAUACAAACUGAUGACCGUACGUAAAACGGGUGGUCUAUUCAUGUUGGCCAUACGUCUAAUGCAAUUGUUUAGUGAAAAUAAAGAAGAUUUUUCGAAAUUAACCGCCAUUUUGGGUUUAUACUUUCAAAUACGUGAUGAUUAUUGUAAUCUUAGUUUAAAAGAAUAUUCGGAAAAUAAAAGUUUUGCAGAAGAUUUGACAGAAGGAAAAUUUGGUUUUCCCGUUAUACAUGCGGUACGCACUCAAACACAUGAUAAACAAGUUUUACAUAUUUUGAGACAAAGACCUCGUGAUGUCGAAGUAAAAAAAUAUUGUAUAAGUUUGUUAGAAAAAUUAGGAAGUUUUCAAUAUACACGUGAAGUUUUAGAAUCCUUAGAUAAAGAAGCCAGAGCAGAGGUUAAUCGUUUGGGUGGCAAUCCUUAUAUGGAUAUUUUACUAAAUAAACUCUUAACCUGGCGUUUAGCGGAUAAUGAACAAACCAACAAUCAUUGCAAUUAACAACCAAAGAGGCAAAGAAGGGAAUGUUAAACAUGUUAAUUCAUAACAACAACAACUAGUUCACCUUUUUUGCUGCAACUUAAUUAGAUUUUAAGCUCUUUAAAGCCUCCACAACAGCUUUAAUACUAUUUCAAACUUUGUUAUUAAUUUUGUAUUUAAUGUAUUUAUUAUUAAUUAAUUCAAUUUGUUUAUACAUAAUAUCGUAUUUAUAUGCAAAACUUAUAAUUUGUAUUAGUAGUAUUCAAUUGAAAAGGAAAACAAAGAAGUUUCUGAAUCUCCUUUAUAUUAAACUGUUCUUUAAAAGAAAACUAAAGAAAAAAGAAACACUAUUUUAAACAAAAAACACACAAUAUGCUGCAAUAAUGUAAACACCACCACCUCACGAAAAAUAAAAUUAAAUAGCUUAAUUAAAUUAAAAAA